AUGGAAAUCCGGAACUCUCGUCGAAUCCUGAUUAUUGGCAGCGCGCAAUCUGGUGCAUUGAGAGUGGUGCAGGAUCUGACCGGCACUGCGCCUUCGCUUAAUGAGGACGGCAGUACAGCUGGAUUGACUCACGAAUGGGACAUCGAAACCGCCUACUACACCGCCAAAGUGCCGAUAUGGAUGGAUGAAGUCCGCAGUGCCGAAGAAUGGAAGACCGAAUUUCGAAGACCGGAAGCCAAAGAAGUCGUCGAGGCGAUCGGAGCUUGGGUAUAUUGCUUCGAGCGGUCGUCUGACAGCAAUACCAUCACCAAUGUCAAAGCGAUUCUGGCUGCCAUCCAAGACGUCUUGGAGGAGCACGUCGGCUAUGCUGCGAAUGCGGUCAUGUUGGCCGUGGCGGUCCCUCGGAGCCAUAUCGCCACUUCUCAAGACAUCGAUCAUGGGGAAUGGGAAGACGUUUGUCUGGAGCAUGGAUUCGAGUUUAUUGACUACGCGAGAGAAGGAGCGAACGAGUUUCGCGAAGAGACUGGUUUUGCCCGCUUGAAGGAGGCGUUGGAGGCGAAUGAAUGGGAAUCCACUGCCGCUGAUGGGGAGGAAGACGAGGCCGACCUUGACAUCCAUGGCCUCGAUGAUGACGAGCAUUCCACUGGCUUUGCACGAGAUGAAGCAGAGAUGACGGCGGAACUGUUCGGGAUGAAAGCGGCAUUGGCUGAUCACGAUCACGAUGCGGAACCUGAUGACUUCAUGUCCUUAAACGAGCAGGCAGGUCAGGUUGACGAUCUGGACAGACUCAUGGGAAGGCUCCUGGCAGUCAAGGAGCAGAGCGCCGGUCUCCCAGAAUCGGAGCGAAAGAGGUUGGCCGCGAAAGCGGUGAAGGAGCUGAUGCGGGAGUAA